GCAAGAGAAAACGUUCCCCUGUCAAUUUGAAAGAUCCACCAAGUUCCUAUGCGGAGUUCUUUAGGGCUUUAUAGAUAAUGACCAGCCUUUUGAAUUGUAACUGGAAAUAAACUGGGAGUCAGGGAAGCCUUUUUCAGAGUUAUGUACUCCAUAUACCUUACUGAGCAAGUUACAUAAUGCCCAGGAAGGCAAAGGAAGGCAAGGAUUUCAUGUCCAGGUUCUCAAAAGCACUGGCAUUUUGAGAGCUCAUAUCUUGCAGCACUAGAGGCUGGGCAGAGGUGGAGUCAUCAGGUGCUUUUCAGGAAGGGAAAGUCUGCACAAACAAAAGUAAGGACAUCAACUCGGUUUUGUCUCUCUUUGUCACAGCAACUGUCCCAGCCAUGGCAUUUAGAGAUUAUGUCAAGGAGCUUUGUGAGGAACUGGCCUGUCCCAUCUGCUUGGGGUAUUUCAAGAAGCCUGUGAUCAUCUCUUGUGGGCACAAUUUCUGCCAGUCCUGCCUGGAUCAAUGGUGGGAGGACAAAAAGGCCUCCUGCCCACAAUGCAGGCAGAGAGUGGAGGAAGGAGAUAUCAGGCCAAAUAGGCCGUUGGCAAACCUGGAGGAAAUAAUCAUAAAAUUGAAGAUUGAGAAGGAAGAAGAAAAGAGGAGAUUCUGCCAGGGGAACCACGAAGUCCCCAUCUGGGUGGUGUGCUACAUGUCAGAGAAGCACAAAAACUACCAGGUGAUUCAUCUGGACAAGGCGUCAAAACAGUACAAGGAUCAGAUUUGGGAGUUACUGGAAACUCUGCAAAAGGAAAGAGAGAAGAUUCUGGCCUAUAAAGCAGAGGCAGCACAGGAAAGCCAAGGUUUGCUUCACCAGACACAAAGAGCAAAGAAAAAGACUAUGGCUGCAUUCAGAUUCAUGCAUCAGUUUCUAGAAAAACAAGAGAGGAAACUGUUGGCUCAAAUGGAAGAUGUAGAAACUGAGAUUUCUGCAAAAUGGGAGGAACAUGUGGCCAGACUCUCUGAAGAACUCUCCUCUCUCUCAAAACUCAUCCAAGAGUUGAAGGAGAAGCACCAGCAGCCAGCCAGUGAACUCCUCCAGGAUAUUAAGUGCUUCAUACAGGGGUGUGAGGAUAAGGAGGAAUCUGUGGCUCCUGCAGUGUUUCCACCUGCUCUGAAAUGGAAGAUCUGGGACAUCUGUGACAUAAAUCCCUUUCUGGAGGGUAUCAUGAAGAAAUUCAGAGACUCUCUGGAAUCUGGACUUCAACAGCAAAAAGUACAUGUGACUCUGGAUCCAGAUACAGCUCAUCCUGCUCUCAUCCUCUCUGAAGAUCACAGGCUUGUGGCGUUGGGAGAGAAAGAGCAAGAUCUUCCUGACAAUCCUGAGAGAUUCCGUGACUAUCCUUUUGUGCUGGGCCAGGAAGGAUUCACAGGAGGCAGGCAUUUUUGGGAAGUCCUUGUGGGGAAUGAGGAAGGUUGGUUUGUGGGUGUUGCCAGGAAGUCGGUGGAGAGGAAGGACUUAGACCACUUUGGUCCCAAAGCUGGUAUCUGGGAAGUGGGAAAGUAUUGGAGUGAGUACAGCUUCUCCUCCAACAAAUAUGUAAAGCUAUGUCUGACUCUGAAUGAGGAGCCCAAAAGGGUUCGAGUGACUCUGAACUACGAAGGGGGUCGGGUGGCCUUUUACGAUACAGACUCAGCAGCCUUGAUCUUUGAAUGCCCUCCAGCCUCUUUCUCAGGAGAGACCCUCCUCCCCCUGUUUUAUGUGACUGAAAAAGCCCAACUGGAGCUCUCUCCCUAAGGAUGGAUAGCAACGUCCAAAAACUCACACCAGUUGACAUACAAGAUUGGCUUUAUUUCCAUAGAUCUGGAACUGUUCCUUCUUUUUGUGGAACUUCUGUGCUCUCUCUUAGCUAAAAACUGACUGGGAGGCUGGAGAAUGAAUGAUGAAGCCAUUUCCCAGAGCAAUGCUCAGCUCAUGGGUUGACCAAGGACUUCCCCUCCCAUUUGGAAAGGCAGCAACAAUAACAACAACAGCAAAGAGGGAAUAAAAGACUCAAACCAAUUUUUUGAACUAAUAAUCCCAUAAUUCAGUAAUAAGUGGGCAGCCUUCCUAUUCCCCUUUCACCAUUUUUCACCUUUCUCUGGGAUGUAGGAUAGAUUUGCCUAUAAGACUUUGGUUUCACACCCACAGAAUCAUAGAAUCAUAGCACCCCUGAUAGAUGGUCAUCCAGCCUCUGUUUAAAAACAUUGUUAGAUUAGAACGACUGAAAACUGAAGUAUUGUUGGCCCUCCAUAUUUGAUGGUUUCACUUUUGCUGGUUGACUGUUCACAGAUUUGGUUAAUAUAGUCUCUCUAGGGAAAUUUAGGUCCUUCAGGCCAGAUUUCUGUGGGAGUUAACUAUAGGAGAUUCCUAGACGAAACACUUCCCAAGGCAUUUAUAAGGCCUCCAGAAUGAAUCUGUUGGAAGUUGACCAUGUUCCCUUUUUUUUUGGCUGUUUCUAUUUUUGAAUAUUCACCACUCUUUCUGUACUUUUUUGUAUUUAGUACUUUCCUUGUACUCUGUUAAAAUGUUAUAAAAAGUAUAACACAAAAAAAAAGAUGCCAUGGACUCUUGUUUUUGCUGCAAUAAAUACGGAAAUGUUGAUUGGGUUUCCAAAAAAAGGUGAGUCCAAUUUUUCCUCCCACAGAAAUCUGGAUAGCUAAACUGGGCUUUCCCAGAUGGAAAAGGAGAGAUGAGAGAAGGCAAGA